AAUUUUCUUACAAUACGACUACACAUUUCCUCUAGCACCAGUUACACCACCCACCCAACCCCACCUUGUCCCCAUCUCCGAUCAUCUCUGCAAAUCUGAGAGCUACCGGAAAAAAUGUCACAUGGAGACACUAUACCUCUUCACUCUUCAUCCCAAUCCGACAUUGAUGAAAUUGAAAACCUCAUCUAUUCCAAUCCUUCUACUGUCCUUCCAGCACGCCCUCCUUCUCCUCCUCGUGCUGCCAUACCUGUUUCAUCUUCUCCCUUCAUGCCUUCUAAUCUUCGCCCACCACCUCCCCCUACAUCUACCACAACCACCAAUUACAAACCGACACCUGUCCCUUCCAUUCCAUCUCCACCACCCCUACCUUCAUCGGGACAGUCGAAUAUAGCUGCUACCGGAUUCGGAUCCCCGCCCAAUACCCUUACCGAACCCGUUUGGGAUACCGUCAAAAGAGAUCUGUCCAGAAUUGUUAGUAAUUUGAAGCUGGUGGUUUUCCCUAAUCCUUAUAGAGAAGAUCCUGGCAAAGCGCUUCGUGAUUGGGAUCUAUGGGGACCUUUCUUUUUCAUUGUUUUCCUUGGUCUCACUUUGUCAUGGUCUGCUUCUGUUAAGAAGGUAACUCCCACUACAUUGUCAUAAGCAUUACCAUUUUAC